CUACUCUUUCAGUCUUCCAGGAACACGGAAAAAUUUCAAUUGUCUGCGCCGGCGAAACGAUCAUUGUCAACAUCUCACUCCGAACCCGACGGUCCUCCAAUUCACUGACGCGCGAGGAGACGCAAGACGCACCCUUGCCGUAUUCCCAUUUCAACAAACAACCCAAUCCAACCAACAAAUCAUGUCUUUCAGAGGUCGUGGAGGAGGUGGUGACCGCGGUGGCCGUGGCGGCUUCAGAGGCGGCCGUGGUGGCUUCGGUCAGCGCGACGAUGGUCCCCCCGCCCAGGUUCUCGAGCUCGGCACCUUCGAGCACGCCGUCGAGGGCGAGAUGUUCUACAAGUCCACCAACCCCAAGAUCCCCCAUUUCAACGCUCAGGUCUUCCUUGAGAACAAGACCCCCAUCGGCAAGAUCGAUGAGGUUCUCGGUCCUCUCAACCAGGUUUACUUCACCGUCAAGCCCCAAACCGGCAUCGUCGCUACUUCCUUCAAGCCCGGCGACAAGGUCUUCGUCGGCUCCGAGAAGCUCCUCCCUCUCGAGCGUUUCCUCCCCAAGCCCAAGGUUCUCGGCGCCCCCAAGGUGAAGAAGGCUGGCCGUGGUGGUGCUGGUGGUCGUGGCGGUCCCAGAGGCGGUGCCCGCGGUGGCGGCCGUGGCGGCUUCUCCUCUCGCGGCGGCGGCGGUGGCUUCUCUCGCGGUGGUGGUGGUGGCUUCUCCCGCGGCGGCGGUGGUGGUUUCAGCAGGGGCGGCGGUCGCGGUGGCAGCGGCGGCUUCUCGAGGGGUGGUGGUGGCCGUGGUGGCGGCGGUUUCUCCCGCGGUGGCGGCCGCGGUGGUCGUGGUGGCUACUAAGCGGUUGCGAAGGAGUGACGACGACGACGACGACGAAGACACCAACCAGUGGUGCUGCUGCUGGCGCUGCUUGGAAAGGAAAGGGAGCGGAAGAAAGACUUGUUGCUUUACCAGGUUCUUGGGUUUUGUUAAACAUGGUCCUCAAAAUGGCUAUGGCUUGUGGCGUUAUGGAAGGGACAAAUUCUUUCUGCCGCAUCAGGAGGGUUCGGCAAGUUGUGUUUUUAUCUCUGUAGGCAUCUCUCGGUUUUCUCUGUCUGCUAAUUUCGGUUUCUUUGGACUACAACACAUCAAACUGAGCGCAUCUGGAUCUGGCUUCACAAGCCUUCACGUUGACGGUGGAUGAAAUUGGGGCAUUAAAAUGUCCUUGGCACAGGCACCAGGUCAUGUUCGGACAGACAGCUAUGUGUCCGGUCACUUGCGUACAAUCAAGGGCAGUACCCAGUUGUAUACGUCACCGCCGCCGUCGAAUGGGAUCCUCAAAGAUGCACGACAUCCUCCUGAACCUCGGGUUGGACUGGAUUUCGGUAGCCUAGCUGGGUAAGCAGAGGCCCCAGUCCAAUAUGAUCGACCAUGCAGCAACCACACAUCGACCGCAUAUCGAGCGCCAACCCGUCAGAUAUAGCACCGACUGAACCCCAAGCAUCAACGGCCCGCAACUGACCCCUUCGAACGACGAACCUCUCGCAACCCGAAACCUCUUCUUCGUCUUCACCCACUCCGUCCGAGGUGUUCCUACCCAUCAUUCUUCCAACGCCGCAACUUCCACAACACCCCUCGCGAAAAAGAAUCAAGAAUUGUCGAGCCUCUUCGUGCCUAUUUCCGCCGACUAUGCGCACAACAGGUCACGAGCCGUUACCAAUGUACCCAGACAGCAGCGCAUGGUUGUCCGCCUCCCCGUCUUUCCGGCAUUUUGCCAUUGGCUUGAGUGGCUGCUUGGGUCAUUAUGGCUUGUGACUCUAAAGGGCCCGUGCAGGCUGCGGUCCGUGUGGACUGAGGUUGACCCGUGGUGGUGGACUGUUAGUUCCGGCGCAUGUCCUUGUAACCUUGUUCAGCGAUAGCCGUAUAUAGAUCAAAACGCAACUCGACCUUCCCCUAACGAUGUCAAUUGUUGAGGCC